UCAAAAAUUAACUGAUUUGACAUCACUCAACUAACAACUUGAAGAAAGAUAAUGUCAAAACAGCUGAUUAGAAGGUUUGUAUUUCUGUCAAGUUAUUCAAUUCGAUCAAAUCGUUUCUUAAUUUUUCAAGAUGAGAACAGAAUAUGUUCCAAGGGUUAACCAGUUGGACGCUUUGCAACUGGAUGACGACAUAACCAGAAUUAUACGAGAUCAACUAGCGAAAUCACUUCAAAACUUAUCGCCAGGACAGUUCAGCAAUUAUCAACCGGAAUUGGAUCUGUUUCUUCGAUCGGCAAUAUGGUACUGUUCAAUUCGAUCCAAUUUAUCCACAUUCGGGCAGCAGCUCUUAUUCAUUUGCUACGACAAAGAUCAGCUCACACGAUCCAGAAUGGUUCUACAUUACAUGGUCAAUGUGAUCCUUAAAUAUUUGAAGGACUAUGCCAACUUCCGUUUAACGAGCAAUAGGAAGCUUCAGACAUCAAUUACUUGGAUAGACAAUGCACUGACGGUUAGCACGUUCCUAAACUUUUUCCGAUUUCUCAAAACUGGCAAGAGACCGAGUCUAGCCGACUAUCUACUGCGGUUAGACAACAUUUCCAUGUAUGGCAACAAACGACGUGAUGUUGGAUACGCCCACAUGACUCGUGAAUUGAUUUGGGGUGGAUUUAUGGAGUUGCUAGGAUUUACAUUACCUUUGAUUAACUACCAUUCGGUGAAGAGGAAGAUUCGAAACAUUGUGUCGUUUUCAAAGAGGAAUUUCGGCGUUCAACCGGAACGAAGACCAUUAAUGACUGUGAAUACCAAAUGCGCUUAUUGCAAUGAGAGGCCUACGUUGCCGCAUCAUAUGGGAUGUAGUCAUAUAUUUUGCUAUUACUGCCUGCAGGGAAACCUUACGGCUGAUGCUAAUUUCCAAUGUCCGAUAUGCGAUUUUAACGGAAGCCUUCAAAUUGUGAUGUAUUAAACCGUAGUUACGACGUGAGAAUUAGAUUCCAUUCCGAUAAUUAUAAAUAAAGAUGGUUUGGCAAGUUCAAAGUGAUGUGGUUUUGGUUGCUAAAC